GUGUGUCUGGACUUGGCCCAAGUGGUUUGGGCCAAACCCCUGCCCCACUGACUUCUCCCCUGGAGGAGCAGAGCAAAGCAGUACGUGGGGUCACCUAAGGAGGGCUGAGAGGCGGGCUCUAGACUUUGGACACAGGGCAGUGGAGCCCCAGCUGCGGGUGCAGCCAGAGCCUGGGACAGUCAUGGAGAAAUAAGACCAAAGCUUGCUAUAACCAAGAAGCCCCCAAUGUGGACGCUUUAGCAGACAUCUAAAAAUCUCAAAGACAGAACAUGGCUGAAUCAGAUAGGAAGAGGCGGUCUACCCGCAACUCCAAGAUGGUCUCGUCACCUGUGGUAACAAAGAUGCAAGCAAUAAUGCAAAAGGAGAUGGUGCGAGAGUUCCUGGCGGAGUUCAUGAGCACAUAUGUCAUGAUGGUGUUUGGCCUUGGCUCCGUGGCCCAUAUGGUUCUAGGAGAGAAAUUUGGGAGCUACCUCAGUGUCAACUUGGGUUUUGGCUUCGGAGUCACCAUGGGAGUGCACAUGGCAGGGAACAUCUCUGGGGCCCACAUGAAUGCGGCCUUAACCUUCACCAACUGUGCGCUAGGCCGCAUGUCCUGGAAGAAGUUUCCUGUAUACAUCCUGGGUCAGUUUCUGGGUUCCUUCCUGGCUUCUGCCACCAUCUACUGCCUCUUCUACUCAGCCAUUAUCCAAUUUUCGGGUGGACAUCUGACAGUGACUGGUCCCACAGCUACCGCUGACAUUUUUGCUACCUAUCUUCCUGAGCACAUGACAUUGUGGAGGGGCUUCCUGGAUGAGGUAAUAGUGACAGGGAUACUCCAGCUAUGUCUCUUCGCCAUCACGGACAAGGAGAACAAUCCAGCACUGCAAGGGACACAGGCCCUGGUGAUUGGCAUCCUCAUUGUUGUCAUUGGAUUAUCCCUGGGCAUGAACACAGGAUAUGCCAUGAACCCAUCCCGAGACCUGCCUCCCCGCUUCUUCACUUUCAUUGCUGGCUGGGGUAUACAGGUUUUCAGGGCCAGGGACUGGUGGUGGGUGCCAGUUGUGGCACCACUCCUGGGUGCCUACUUAGGUGCUAUCGUCUACUUGGUCUUCAUUGGCUUCAGCAUCCCACGGAGGCCCCAGAUACUGGAGAACUCCAUGAAAUAUGAAGACCGCAGAAUACCCGUGUUGCCCAAGACCAUGUCAAACCCACCUACGACCCUCACCCCUGUCUCUGUGUCUCCUGCCAACAGACCUUCAGUCCGGACUGUCCCACCCUUAAGUGACUCCAUCCACCUGGAGCACUUCUAAGUAAGGUGACUUGUGACCCUAUCCCCACCCCAAUAAAGAAAGCCUUGUCCCACAGCGGCA